UGUCCGGGAAGUUCCUCAGUUUGUUCCCGAGCCGAGCAGCAGGAGGAACCGGGUCCAGACUCCAGACUGUCCCACCCGGGUCAUGCGAUCCUGAGACAGGGGACAGCGGACUGAGAGGAGACUCACGGUCCGGGUCUUCUCUGGUUCUGGAUGAUUUUCUCUUUUCAUCGCGGUUGGUUUUACGCGUCAGAGUCGGUUUUUUUGGUCCAAGAAGGUGAACAGCUUUGCGCUUAGAGACGCGUCUCUUCUGUUGACGCACAGACUGACUGAGGCUUAUUGAUCGAUCGAUUGAUUGAUUGUCAGGCUGGUUUCGGGGUCAUGUGUCGGACUGUGUAGAUCUGUGGAGUCCAGCUCUGAUCAUGGACUCCCCGCUGCUGCUGCUGCCGCUACUGAUGGUGAUGAUGAUGAUGAUGAUGAUGAUGAAGGUGAGCGGAGCAGCUCUGAGGCCGCAGCCGUCUGGCAGCAGAGCGACGGAGCUGCUCGCAGAUGGUUUGAUUCAUGGAGGGAUGAGACACAAACGCUACGCCAUCAACCCUCUGGGUCACAAGUGGACACAUCACAACAUCACAUACAGGAUCACAAAGUUUCCAAACACUCUGAACGUUGAAGACACCAGGAAGGCUAUCAGCAUCGCCUUCACAAAGUGGAGUGACGUUUCUCCACUGACCUUCACCGAGGUCACCGACGGCAAUGCCACCGUUGACAUCACUAUUGGUUUCUACACCUUCAACCACACUGACUGCUGGUGGUCUCCUCUCCACCCGUGUUUUGAUGGACUGAACGGCGAGCUAGCUCACGCCUUCCUGCCGCCACGAGGGGAAAUCCACUUUGACAACCACGAGUUCUGGAUUCUCGGCAAGUCCAGGUUCAGUUGGAAACAAGGUGUGUGGCUGAACGACCUUGUCCAGGUGGCGGCUCAUGAGAUCGGUCACGCUCUCGGUCUGUGGCACUCCAGAGACCCUCAGGCUCUGAUGCAUCCCAAUGCCACCUACACUGGCCAGAGGAACAUCGCCCAGGAUGACGUCUGGGGUAUCCAGAGACUCUACGGUUGUCUGGAUAAGAAGCGCGUCUGUGAUCCUUGGGCUCGACUCGGCUUCUGUGAGAGGAGGAAGACUUUCAUGAAGAAGAACUGUCCUCAGCGCUGUGACCUCUGCUACGAGCCCCUAGAAGCUGUUUCCACGCCAACACCGCCUCCGGCCAACGUCAAGAUCAAGAUGGUUCCCCGAGGGAAGGUGGUGGGUUUCCGCUGUGGAACCAAAAACCCCCGGUCACCGCCCAAAGUCAGCUGGUAUAAAGACGGCGAGCAGAUCCUGACCUCCAUCCCCGGCUAUAUCGUCAUGAAGGACCGAGACCUCCGCAUCGUCGCCAACGAGUUCAACGAGGGUGUUUACACCUGCCGCAUCCAUCGCCGCGGUGACAUCGUGUCCGCUAACUCCUGGGCCAUCCGACUGAAACCAGAGCAGCCGUCUAACAGCUGAGGACGUCGACAGUGACGGAAAGAUGGAGGACAAAACAACACACGAUGUGAUGACAGGAAAGUGUUUGUUUGUGGAACGACAACCACAUGAACUCUGAGUGGAUCUGUUCAGGUGCACAAGAACAAAGGUGUUAAACUGUGAAAACAGACUUUAAAUGGCGUCAUGACAGAUCUCCUGACGGGAUGACCUGUAGGACGUCAUGACCCUGUAGUCAUCUCAGCAAAAUAUGAUCAGCUCAAUAUUAUCACAACAUGACAUGAUGCCAUGUACCCACAAUCCUGUAGAACGUCUUGUAUGAAUCAUGGCCUGAUGUCAUGUCCUCAUAAUCCUGUAUGACAUGAUGAUGUCCCCGUAAUACACAAUAGACCCUUUACUGCAAAAACAACCAGAAACUUGCUUGUUUUUAUUUUCAGGUUAAUCAGCUGAUAAAAGUGUAAACUUUAGGCCUCCUGCUUUGCCAAAAAAAAGAUAAAUGUGAUUAAAAAAACAAUGAAAUAUUAUCUCAAAAACAAAUGUAUUGAUCAGACUGUUUGACUUUUCACUGUUUUGGUUACCAGCAGUCACUCAACACUCAUCUUUGUGUUUCAGUCAUAAAAACAGAUCUGAUAUCUGCUGGUUGUCUGAACACAGAUAUUCAGAUUCUCUGUUUUCAGAUUGUCUGUGUUCAGAUUUUUCAGAUUUCAUAGUCUGACUCUGCUGGAGUAUUUCAGGAGUAUUUCAGUAAUAUUUCAGGAGUAUUUCGGGAGUAUUUCGGGAGUAUUUCAGGAGUGUUUCGGGAGUAUUUCGGGAGUAUUUCAGGAGUAUUUCAGGAGUAUUUCGGGAGUAUUUCAGGAGUAUUUCGGGAGUGUUUCAGGAGUAUUUCAGAAGUAUUUCAGGAGUAUUUCAGGAGUAUUUCAGGUGCUUGUUGACUGUUUUGCUGCUGAUUGGACAGAAUCUGUGACCUUUUGUUUACAACAUACACGUCAUUUUCACGUAGUUUUUUUACAUUCCACUGUGUUAAAAUAAAGUACGCUACAGUACGUUUCAGUACGGUGUGACAUAAUUCUGUGUAACGAGGGUUGAACUCACUAAACUCAGCAAACCUUUAAUCUCUCUUCUCUCUUUGUCACCAGCAAAGAUUCAUGUAGAAACAUUCAGGUAGAAGUUGUGUUGGAUUGAUCAUAACUACGUUUCUGUGUUUGUGUUCAGUUUGUUUUCAGGCUGCAGCUGCUGUUACUAUUAUUACAAAUAAUCCAAUAAAAACAGCUCAGUCGUUUAGUUUUCCCCUGACUCCAGUAUCCAGGAAUUACAUCCACACUGGACCAUUCAGCACCUCAUAAUUCACGUCGAGACCCGACGUUGUGUGUCGUGUGUUUGUUAUGUGAGAGCUGGAAACGGGUUUGUUUGUCUUUUUUAUUAACCUCACUGUAGUUAACAUGCAGAUAUUGUAGAAGAUGAGAACUUUAAAGAUUCACUGGACGUAAUCUGGGCUUUUACAUCCAAAAUCUACCUUCUGUGAAAGGGUUUUACCCAUAAUGCAUCGCUGUUUCUGUCCUCCUGUCUUUUUCUUUAAACACUUUGAGUUUUGUGAUACAAAUAAAAUGAUUCUUUUAAAUCCUGUGGUUUUAAC